CAGCUUUCAAUGGGACAACGCUGGACAAUGACUUUGCUCAAUUUAAUAAAGAGAAAGCUCUAGCGGCUAUUCCCGUUUCUCUACAGCUAUCUCGAUGCUUUUCAUGCGGCUAUGAAGGAAUGCGCCUAUCCUGCACCUUCGGCUAGCCCCAACAACUUCGAAGGUUCGAGGCAGCCGUAUAACUACUCCAUAGUUGAACUAGCAUUCAUCUACGGACUCAACAGACUAAUAACUUGAAAUUUCCAGUCAUGAUAUGACCCAGCUUAUUCUAUAUAAACCCUCGUCCCUAUUUAUAUCGCGAAGUAAUCUCCCGCAGAUAUUUGAAGCUCUAUUCACCGCCGAAGUAUGUCGAGCUUGCUCCACACCUAUGGGCCAACAUGCCUACUAUAUGAUCCCGAGGACAAUCCAGCAACGAAAUCGGAUUUCAGCUCGUCUACAGUUCCUCCCAAAGUUCGCGCCCAGUUUUUCUACUUGUCGUCUUUCCCAAUAGAUGAUCCUUUAACUCCUCUGCCAGCGCCUUCUGCAAGCUCGAGCACCUCUGUUGCCAGCUUCCCUCCACGGCCCUUUUCGGUUUUGGAUAACAUUGCGCUGGAAGAAGCAUGGCACGGACUUAGGAACACAGAGGAACACUCGGAAGCUGAAGACACUCAUAAAAGCGGGACCGAAGAGAACAAGGCUAUCAGAAACUGGAAGCAGAGAGUUGACAGACUCAUCAUUGAAGCCUUAGCUGCAGCUCGCGAAUAUAGGCAUGAUUCGCCGGAUAUAGAUCUGACACCGAUUAACGAACGCCACGAUUCUGCUUCAAUAUUUUCUCUCGCUGAACAGCAUGUGGCGGAAUAUGGAAGCUCUGAUGAUGAAGCGGAAAAAAGGAGGCUUGUGGUUUCAACUCUGAGAAACGUAAUCGAGCAAAUUAGCCGGCACGAAGAAAGCGACUGGAGGAAUGAAUUGCGACCUAUAAUUAUGGCAAUAUUCAACGCUGCAUCCAACGAAAUCCCGAACCAAGAUCGGGACACUCCUAAUAGGGUUACUGAUAAUCUUUCGCGUCAAGUCAAUGAACAACCUAGGCCUACUGGUGUCUCGAUCCCGAUUCGAACACCUUCGAAAAAAUCUGCUUGCGACGUAGAUGCAUCUAGUAAAUCGGGGGGACAAUUUUCUACUCCUGAUCAAAACUACCAUACUCCAAACUCUUUGAAACGGCACAGCCCCCCAGGGGACCGUAAGUCAAAAACUUCGAAACGGAAUAGCACAUCAUCCCCAACUGGUGAUGACGUUUAUGGAUCUUACCCUUCACAGACACACAGGUCGAUUCCUUCAACUAGUUUACACGCAGGCGGCACAAAUAUCUCUGGGUCUCCGUUCAUCAGGGCUCCGGCCAGGAGUCCGCGAUCAGCUCCUUCACCAAGGUCGCCUGCUACCCCAAGUAGUAUGUCGCAUCCGCUAGGUGGAAUGGUGACAGGUGACCAAGGGAGCGAUGGCCGUUCAUCUAGCUCUAGGGUAGAUCCUUCUGGUAGCCCUUCAAGGGUCCCAGUGAAACGGUUAUCUCCAUCUCAACCAGAAGUGACCCCGAUAGAAAGCAAACGGGAACCUGAUGCGGUUAUACCGGUUGGAAUUUCAAGACUACAUUCAGUGGAACUUCCCAACUUAGAGAUGAAACCCAUAUAUUGGAGCCCUAUUCAUGAUAUAUCUUCUGUUAUUCGAGCCACGUGGUUUUAUAAGAACACUAUGUUACCUGUUGAGCCGGAACUUGCAAACCAACUAGAAGCCGGCUAUAUGUACAUGCGCCCCUGGACCGAAACCUGGCAGGAUGAACUUAACAGCUGCAUAGAAAAUGGAGCAGAGGCAGAAAUGAAAAUUGUGCAUCGAAUCUGGCCUCUGGAAGAAGAAGUAAAAGAGCAAAGUACGGUGGAUUCAGGGCGGGAGUUGAAGUCGCCUAAACGUUUGUCGAUUCCGAGGUCGACUGAGCCAGAGCGACCGUCGAUAUUUUAUGAGAAUCAAGCUGCAGGCUCUAUGACGCCACCCGAUGCUCCUAGGCCAUACAAAUCUUCAAGUGUGAUAUAUGUUGAUUCCAAGGAGGCGCAAAUUCUUAGGCCGAAUCUACUACCCUCCGCUGCACGGGGACGACGUCCGCUCAGUGCAAUUCGGAAAGGAAGACAAAUAGGAAUUCCUAUUGUUCGAGGAUUCAAUGCUCAGGCUUGGGAUAAGCUACACCCGGUUAAAAUUCCGGCGACCAGCGGCAGGAGAAUUGUGAAAAUGCACCAAACUGCUGAAAGAGAGUCUUUUGGCCGACGCCCUAUCUGCUACGCCUGCCAAAUUGAGGAUAAAAGACCAACGGUUUCCGACCUAGUAUUGGUCGUACAUGGUAUCGGCCAAAAACUAUCCGAGCGAGUUGAAAGUUAUCAUUUCACACAUGCCAUUAAUGCGUUCCGGAGACAAGUCAAUAUUGAGCUUAACAGCGACGCUGUUUGGCCUCAUAUGCGCCCUGAAUUAGAAAGCAUUAUGGUGUUACCAGUCAACUGGCGGUCGACACUCUCCCUAGAAGAUGCUGAUGCUGAAGCUUCACUCGAAAACCCGGAUACGAACAAGUUCAGCCUUAAAGACAUUACACCUGAAACCAUGCCAGCCAUAAGAAGUUUGAUUAGCGAUGUUAUGCUCGACAUCCCUUAUUACCUAUCUCACCACAAGCAGAAAAUGGUUCAGGCGGUAGUCAAAGAAGCGAACCGAAUAUAUCGCCUCUGGUGUCAAAAUAAUCCAGAUUUUCGAAAAGCUGGUAAAGUGCACCUGAUUGCGCACUCUUUGGGCAGUGUCAUGGCAAUGGAUAUUCUUAGCCAGCAGCCCACCCAUGUUCCCUAUAUUGAUUUUGAACUCACCAAAAUCAGCCAGACAAUAUUUGAAUUUGAUACCUGCAAUGUCUUUUUCUGCGGAAGCCCAGCGGGUUUCUUCUUGUUACUAAAUAAAUCAACGCUGCUCCCGCGACAAAAUCGGGCUAAACCCGGAACGCACGGAGAAGACAUGGAGCGAGGAGUUGCCGGAGAAGCAGGUACUUAUGGCUGUCUAGCAGUUGAUAAUAUUUAUAACAUCAUGCACGAUACCGACCCAAUCACCUACCGCCUCAAUGCAGCCGUGGACAGCGAUCUCGCCAACUCCCUCAAACCAGCCUCAGUCCCGAGUUCAUCCACCUCAUUCUUCCAAGCUGUCAGCAGCGUGUUCCGCUGGGGCUCCUCCAAGGGCCCGAACCAGAGCACCGCAGCAGACCUAUCCACAUCCCUCUCGCAGCAGAACCAACGCCCCGCCAGCAUCGCAAAACUACCUUCCAACAUUGAGAUGGAGACGCACGACUUCUCGCGCGAGGAACUCGCGGAGAAGCGCAUGGCGCUGCUGAACGAUAACGGGCAGAUUGAUUUUUACAUCAGCGGCGGCGGUGGGCCGUUGAGUAUUCAGUAUUUGAAUAUGCUGACUGCGCAUAGUAGUUAUUGGGUUUUGCAGGAUUUUGUGAGGUUUUUGGUUGUGGAAAUUGGUAGAAAGCGUGGGAGGGACGGGACUUUAUUGGCGUUAAGGGCGGAGAAGAAGAAGGGAUGGAAAAGGGCAAAGGCGUAGUGAGGAUGGGGGGUUACUUUUUGGUUGUUUUGGGGUGUAUGGUUGGAUUCUUCUCUCUCAGGUAUAGUUGUUCAGGUUUCAUUGUGUUUUUUAUUGUUACAUAUUUGGAGCUUUCGAUUUGGUGUUUACUCCUUGUGAAUAUCUACGGGUUCUUUUAGAUGGUUCAUGAGGCAUACAUUCCCGAAGUUAACUAUUUCUGCCUAUUUGACCGUGGAGGCAAUGAUACCUCCCUACGGUGAACACCCUAAAUACGCAUGAAGUUACAUAGAAGUAAAAUUCACAACGAUUUUUGUCAUUCUCAAUAGAAAUUAUAAAACCACAUUCCAAAAUAAUAAACAUAUGAAUCGAAUCAACCAAA